AUGGCUGAGACCAAUGGCGCGAGCUCUGCCCAUAUAGAUCUUUCUGGUGCUUCCGCAACUCAGGUACGCCCUGGUGGUGCUCCGGCGCGUGUAUACUUGAACGAGAAGAUCGUUCCCACUCUACUUGAAGGGAUGAAGACUGUUGCGAAGGAACAGCCCAGCAAUCCUCUGCGUGUGCUUGGAGAGUACUUGAUUCAGAAGAGCAAUGAGCUGGAACGGGACGCGAACAGAACGGAGUGA